GUGGCGCAGCCAGAAGGAUCAGAAGCUUCAUUACAAGGAUAGCAGUGACUGGAGAAGUGGAGGCAGCGCAGGGUGCCCAGCUCAGCCUGCAGGGAUCUUUAGUUUGGGGUUCACAUCAGCCAGUGUUCACCUGAGAAGCUUUGGAACAACUGAAAAGCCCUGGAUUAGACAAUGCUACCAUGCAAAUGGCAGGUUAUGCAAACCCUAGUGGGGAUGAUUAUAAGUUUUCUAUUUUUGAGUCUUCCAUUGAAUGACUCACUUUAUUAGAUGUGUUCAUUUAAAAUGGAAUGUGAAGCACCCAGAUUCCAUGGUAAUGGCCUCAUAAAGCGCUCCGAUAUACAACAUAACAGAUUGGAUUUCUUCUCUUAAUUUAACAGGUUUUGCGUCUCAUACACCAUGUCUGAUGGCAGCAUACAGGGCGUCACACUUACUGCAAAGCUUUACAGUUUGUAUCCAUCUGUCUCUGCAUUUUUGCUAAAGUAGUCAUCUUCCUUUGAUCUCCAGCUUGCGGUACUGCGUCUGAAUCUUCCUUCGCUCCCUCCUCCCCCAUUCCUUUCCCUGUGCCCUCCACAGCUCUAGCCCCAUACCUCAGUAAUUAGAAGGGACUGGAGCCCAAAAGUGGGGCUACGUGGAGAGGGUUGGGAGCCCCACAGGUAUGCGUGCUGGCAGGCUGCAGAGUUACACAACCUCAACUGAGAUCCCAGCCAACAACGGGCUGCCUGCUCUGUGCCUGGCCAGGCGCUGCGGGCUGUGCUCCUCCUGGGCAUCACAGCAGCCUGCUGCGAGCAGUGGGGAGCCAGAGACCUGUCACGUGGGACGCCCUGCUCAGAAGCUUCUCUCGAGGACGGGUGUUGAAAUAGUCUCUUUAGAAACAGGAUGUAAGUUGUGCUCUGUCUGCUUUUUGGAUUGCAAGCAUGGGGCUGGAGGCAAAGCAGGAGAGCCCCGUUUUGGCAGUGUUACGGGGAGCAGAGCUCUCGACCACCGGGGGUGUGCACUGAGUUGCUGGGUAGGAAUUCAGUGCAGGAGGGAGUGGUUCCUGCUGUGAAGGCAGUUUGUAGUGAGUGCUUGGAAACCGAAAGUGUGAGGUUUGUCCUGAUAAAACCUCUUGUGUGGUUCCCGUUUCCUGUAGGCUGGCUCUUCUCCUUUGUGCUGCAUUCUGUAGUUUGUAGCACACUUCUGUAGGCAGUCUUGAGAUAACUACAAACCUGAGCUGAUGCCGCUGUGCAUCCCUGUGCACUGGUGCUCUGCUGCCUUGCUGGGAAGUGUCCCCUGUGGGUUGCUUACCACAUCUGGGCAGAUCACACUGCUCAUGGUGCCUGCUGCUCAUGCUGGCAGCAGCUUGAUCUGUGGCACACCAAGGGCUGUGAGCCCUGUAGCUGAGGACAUGGACCCACAGGUGCUGCGCAUCAAAACGUGCCUUGAAACAAGGGAUAAGGCUUGCUUAACCUGGAGAUUUACAGCACCAGACUGUGCUUACAGCGUUAUCACACUGUGUGCUGCUUGAGCCAUUUUUAAAGACCGCUCAGAAUAUUUGUGUUCUGGAAGGAUGACUUAUUUCUGACUGCACUGCUUCUCGUGCUGCAUGCUGUUACGAUAUGUCUCCAUAUAAAAUUCUGAGUUUCCAUCACAAGUUGUUGAUCGCAGCUUGGAUGAGAGUCAAGUUUUAUUAUCUACUUGGAAUAGAUGAGGGUUUUUGAGUUUAGGCUCUUGUCUGUAUCUGUGGCAUUCCACGUGUGAUCUUUUGCCAUAAUUACAUGGCCUGCAUUCUUUCCUAUUUCCUCUUCUGCUCUCUGGUUCAUCCUGUUUGGUGCUUGCAGUAGCCCUUUGAGGCUCUUCUGGGACAUGGGGAACACCUCCACAGGUGCAUGCUUAGCGAGCCUGGCAUUUCUCUGCCUGCGCUGGCACUGAGCCACAGGGCUGCCUGGGCCAUGUCUGGACUCGGCCAUGCUCCUGUCAUCCUCCUGCCCAGAGCAGGGCUGUGUGGGUGAGGAGCUACUGUGUGGGCUGGAGGAGGCUGCGGUGCUGGGCCCUGCGGGGGCAUGGAAUCACAGUGGCUGGAAGGGGCCUUUGGAGCUCCCCCAGCCCAACCUGCCCUGUACUGGGGAGCCCAGCACCGUGCACAGUACUCCAACUGUGCCCCUGCCCCAGGGCAAAGCAGAGGUGAGGAGCACCUCCCUGCCCUGCUGGCCAUGCUCUGUGCAGUGCACCCCAAAAUGUGACAGCUGACCACACAAAUGGUGUAUGUCACUGUUUCCAAGAGCUGCUCCCCUCUCCCAAGGGCUGAGGGACCAAGCCUCACGCUGACAGCCAGCUGCAGGGCUAGAAGUUGGCCAUAGCGAGGGCACCAAGGUGCCACUCCAUUCCUGGUAUCACACCAUGGCAGAGCUGUUAUGUGGCACAUGGAAUGGCACUGUGGUGUGGUUAGGGUGAAAUGGGGUCUGAUGGCAGUGCCUUUGUGCGCUGCUGGCGGCCUCGCUCCUGUAGGGUGUAAAGCUUCAAUGGGAGAAGUCUGAAGGUGGGAAAGGUUAGUUUGCCAAAAGGCAGUGGUGUAAAAGACACUGUUCUGAAGAUUGUGCGUGCCUCAUCCGAAACUUCCAAGAAACCAAUUUUGCAUUGAGCUUUUGUUUGAUUCUGAUCAUCUGUUAAAGGAUGGCUGGUCUUCAGAAGCUGUUCAUGCAUGUGAAGGAGUGUGUUGUGCUGCAUUAGCGCUGGUGACAGAGGUGCUUCAAGGCUUUCUGGGUUGUGGCAGCUGUUGUGGGGGGCUUCUUAUGGUGGCUGGGGCUGCUCAGACCAAUUCCCCCAUCUGAGAGACCUGGGAUAUGUGGCACUGGGAACUCCUGAACUAACACAGCUGUGAGUGGGGGGCUUUGGUCGGUGCCUGCUGGUUCUGGAGGGGGAAACAGGCGAGGUGCGUCUCUCUGAAUAUGAAGAAUAGGUGUAAUAUUUGCUAGUAUCCAAAGUCCCAGCUGUGACCCGGAACGGCUUUUAUUCUUUAUGUGAGUAUGUAGUUUGAGGAUUUUAACAGCAAAAUGUAGUCGGAAGAAAAUAGUACUUCAAGCUACUGAAAAAAAUAUCACGUAGUUAUUUAUGUAACUCACUGAGUGUCGAGUUCUUCUUUUAUUAUAUUCAUAAAUUUGUGCAAACAGCUUGGAAAUGUAGCACACAGAUUUGUGUGCUUCUUCAUAUAUGCAGUGAUACUUCUGGUUUGGAUCACGGACAGAGAAAACUUAGCUUUGGUUGGUGCAGCAGGAGUUCUUUAACGCGUAACUAAAGAUGCCAUGGUCAACUGAUGGCAAGAUGUGAUGUAAUUCCUUCCUUUUUAAAGAGCUGGAUUUCUUCAGGAAUCACAGGAUGUUGGUUAGAAGGGACCUUGAAAGACCAACUAGUGCAAUCCCCCUGCUGGAGCAGGAGCACCUGCAUCAGGUCACACAGGAACACCUGCAUCAGGCCACACAGGUGGGUUUUGAAUGUCUCCAGAGAAGAUCACCCCACCACCUCUCUGUGCAGCCCGUUCCAGUGUUCUGUUACCCUCACCACGAAGAAGUUUUUUCUAGUAUUUAAGUGGAACCUUCUAUGUUCCAGCUUGCACCCAUUACCCCUUGUGCUAUCACUGGAUGUCACUGAGAAGAGCCUGGCUCCAUCCUCAUGACAGUCACUCUUCACAUAUUUGUAAACAUGAAUGAGGUCACCCCUCAGUCUCCUCUUCUCUAAGCUAAACAGGCCCAGCUCCCUCAGCCUUUCCUUGUAAGGGAGAUGCUCCACUCCCUUCACCAUCUGUGUGGCUCUGGGCUGAUGAAAAGAUUUUGUUAGUAUGACCCAGCAGGACGCACAGUCCUGGUAUCACUAUUCCUUUGCCUUAAAAACACAAAAAACUACCGUAAUUGUCAGGAAUUUGCAUAGUUAUGUGAAGCAGUGCAGGUCUGUGGGGCGUUGGGAUGGCGGUCAGCCCCUGCACCUCCAGCUCUCUGCUGUGGCCCUGCUGAGCAAGGAUGUGGGGCUUUGACUCUGCAAGCUGUGUACCCAGGCUUCACAGCUAAACACGAUGAUUUAAGGAGAAACAAGUGCUAGGACAAACUUCCAUUUGUUUUCUUGAAAGCCAGUGUUUUUUCUGUCAUGUAAGUUGGCUUGUUGGAAGAUGCUAAUUUGUUCUUUUGAAACUUGCUUGGAUUGUAGAGCAUAUUGUGUUCCCAGAGCAGGCGUUCGUGAGCCGGGGUCUUGCAGCCUUGUUUGAAGUGACUCUGUGCUGCUGCAUAGGGUGUGUGAAACUCCUUGAAGGCUGCCUCCAGUUUGCACUUGGAAGUUGAGUUAUUCUAAUGACUUGCAGAGACCGUAUGGUGGCAAUAUAUAGUACACAGAGUGCUCGGGUAUGUGUGUGUGUUUGCCAUUGCCACGUGCUUUGUGCAGCCAUGGGUGGUGCCUGACCUGAUGCUCAUUGCCUUUGUGUGUUCUUUGUGUGUGGAGUGGGGCUGGGGGCCCUCCUCCCAGUCACAAGAUAGAGGAAAGAUGAAGUUGGUCUUUUUUGAGACUGAAGUAUAAAGUCAGUGGAAAACUUGAUACUCCACGUACAGUCCAGUAAAGGUUGUCUUUGUGAUGGGAACACUUCUGAGUGUGUGUGCUGCUCUUCCCAAAAAGGCUGGGGAAGGUACAACUCCUCUCUUCCUGCACAACAAUCGGUGCAUCAGUACAUACAACAUCCGUUCCUAAAGCACUUUCUUGCCUGCAAUAAUGUGGUGCGUUUUCUCCCCUGAGCAUGCUGCAAGCAUAGUGCACAGAAGUGAAGAUGGUAUCAAUCUUUAAAACAAAGUUUUCCUAUUUCUCUUGUUUUUAAACAUCUGCGGUGCCACUUGGAAUGCCAACUGAAAGGUGGAACGAUGCCCGGAGCCUCCCCUGCCACACUGCAGAUGCACAGGGGCUCUCAGGGCUGUGUGUGCUGCCUGUGCCGUGUUGCAGCAGUGCUAAGUCCUUUGUGCUGGGGCUGCUGUGCAGAGCUGGGGCACAAAGCUGCCCUUGUCACCUCAGGACUCAGAGUGCUGUCUGAGCUGCUUGAGCUUGACACUUGUUGUUUCUAUGCGAUGCAAACUGCUUUGGUCCUGGCAGGAUGGGUUGGGUUGCGCCUACUUAAGAUUCAGGUCAGUUCCAUGCAGAUUUGUCAUUCAGCCCGCAAACGUUGGGCCUUUUAAGAAUGUUCCUGACCUACAUAGGCCUGGCUUUAAUACCUCAGAAGCUAGAUUAUAGAGUUCUGUGCUUGUUUUAAACCACUUGGUCUUGUCCCCUGCCUCCGCUGCCGCUCAUUGCUGAAGGUGCCGUUCCUGGCUGGCAGCACAUCGCUUCUGUGCUGUGCCUGGGUAGGAUGAGCUGUGCUGGGGAGCUGUGGGAGCAGGGCCCUAAUUCCUGAUGGAGACGUGGGAUAGAGUGCUGCUGGGUAAAAAAUGGCAUUUCAGAAGGCAGUGAAAGGAACUGUUCUCAUUGGAGGAGGUGCCAUAGCAACAGUUUUUGGCCUCUCUCAAUUUUCUCAGUAUAGAAACAAACACGGAUCCUUGGUGAAUGUUCAAGCUGCAGAAGCAGUGACUGUUCCCAUAAAGAAUGAUUUUCCUACAAGAGAAGAGCAGAUUUCGACACUAAAAAGUACACCUGAGUUUGAUGUUCUUAUCAUAGGUGGAGGAGCAACAGGAUGUGGUUGUGCCUUAGAUGCAGUCACUAGAGGACUAAAAACAGCCCUUCUAGAAAGAGAUGAUUUCUCAUCAGGGACCAGCAGCAGGAGUACUAAAUUGAUCCAUGGUGGAGUGAGAUAUCUUCAGAAGGCCAUCAUGAAGUUGGAUUUUGAGCAGUACAAGAUGGUGAAAGAAGCACUUCAGGAGCGUGCAAACCUACUUGAAAUAGCUCCUCACCUAUCAGCUCCUUUGCCUAUCAUGCUGCCUGUUUACAAAUGGUGGCAGUUGCCGUAUUACUGGAUUGGAAUAAAACUGUAUGACCUCGUGGCAGGAAGUCAGUGUCUGAAAAGGAGUUACGUCCUCAGCAAGUCAAGAGCCUUGGAGCACUUUCCAAUGCUGCGCAAAGACAAGCUUGUUGGAGCUAUUGUCUAUUAUGAUGGACAGCACAACGACGCGCGGAUGAACCUCGCCAUCGCCCUCACCGCUGCCAGGUACGGCGCUGCCACCGCCAAUUACACUGAAGUGCUGCGCCUGCUGAAGAGGACAGAGCCGGGCAGCGGCAAGCAGCGCGUGUGCGGGGCGCGCUGCAGGGAUGUCCUCACAGGGCAGGAAUUUGAUGUCAAAGCCAAAUGUGUUAUCAAUGCUACAGGACCUUUCACAGACUCGGUGCGCAAAAUGGAUGAUCAGGAAGUGCCCAACAUCUGUCAGCCCAGUGCAGGCGUGCACAUUGUGAUGCCGGGCUAUUACAGCCCUGAUAACAUGGGUCUGCUUGACCCAGCCACCAGUGACGGCAGAGUGAUUUUCUUCCUGCCUUGGGAGAAGAUGACUAUUGCAGGGACCACAGACAGCCCCACCGAUGUCACCUCCCAUCCCAUACCGACAGAAGAAGACAUAAACUUCAUUCUGAGUGAAGUGCGCAACUACCUGAGUGUUGAUGUUGAAGUGAGAAGAGGAGAUGUGUUGGCAGCGUGGAGUGGCAUACGUCCUCUGGUCACCGACCCCAACUCCAAGGACACGCAGUCGAUAUGCCGGAACCACGUUGUUGCUGUUAGUGACAGUGGCCUUGUCACCAUAGCAGGUGGGAAGUGGACAACAUACCGUGCCAUGGCUCAGGAUACAAUUGAUGCUGCUAUUCAGGCACACAAUCUGCCUGCGGGUUCCAGUAAGACAAUUGGGCUGCUGCUCCAAGGGGCUGAGGACUGGAGCCCCACACUCUACAUUAGGUUGGUCCAAGACUAUGGACUUGAAAGCGAGGUGGCUCAACAUCUAGCUUCUACAUAUGGUGACAAGGCUUUCGAGGUGGCCAAAAUAGCCCAAGUUACAGGAAAGAGAUGGCCUAUUGUUGGAAAACGUCUUGUUUCUGAGUUUCCUUAUAUCGAAGCAGAGGUCAUCUAUGGUGUGAAGGAGUAUGCCCGCACUGCCGUGGAUAUCAUUUCCCGGCGGACUCGCUUGGCCUUCCUGAAUGUGCAGGCUGCUGAGGAAGCUCUGCCAAGGAUCGUAGAUAUAAUGGGGAAAGAACUUAACUGGAAUGAGCAGAAAAAAAAGGAGGAACUUGAAGCUGCGAGGAAAUUUCUGUAUUAUGAAAUGGGCUACAAAGUAAAAUCUGACCAACUAACAGACAGCUCCGAAAUCACUCUGAUGCCUUCAGAUAUUGAAAGGUACAAGAAGCGAUUUCACAUGUUUGACAAGGACAAGAAAGGGUUUAUUACUAUACUGGAUGUGCAGCGUGUCUUGGAGAGCAUCAGUGUGCAGAUUGAUGAAAAAACACUCCACGAUAUUCUGAAUGAAGUAGAUCUGAACAAGAAUGGGCAGGUGGAGCUCAUUGAGUUUUUGCAGCUGAUGAGUGCCAUUCAGAAGGGCCACGUCUCCGGCAGCAGGCUGGCUGUGCUCAUGAAGACAGCAGAGGAGAACCUGCGGCAGCGUGUGGUGAUCCCGGUGGACCGCAGCGGCGGAGGGCUGUAGCUCAGCACGGCUGUGCUGCAUCUGCUGACAAACAUUCCAGUGCUCCCGAGUGCCCUUGCUCGUUCAAGGUGACUGGUGUCUGUAAAAACACAUGGGUGCGUUUGUUUUCUGUACUAAUGGUUCUCUGUACAGCUCUUAAUACUCAGUAUGUGGCCUUUUGGAUUGGAUAUGCUUCAGACAUGAGUUUGUUAACAGGGGUUCUGGAAUAUGGUCUGGAAACAGUGGUGCACACACAAGCACAUGGGCACGUACUGCCUUGCUCAUUAACUUCUAGAUCACCUUUACCUUUAAACAAAAAAAAAAAAGUGAUUCCUGCCUUUAAAGAGAGCAUUGUGGUGAGAUUUGCAAAUAGGCAUUUAGUAUUUAAAAGCUGCUGAUCUGUCUGCUUCAACAAAGGGCAGCAGAGGGAAGGCUGGUGCCUGGGACUUGAGAUAGCUUCACCGAAGGAGCAAAACUUCACCUUCUGGGGGUACCAGGUACAGUUAGGGGCUGGCUGGUUAGUGACUGCCCUUCCACAGGUGCUGGACUUUGCUCCCUUGGGGCGUGUCGUUAUUUCAGCAGUACAGUACUUGGCCAGACACAGGUAUCAGCAGUACAGAGCUGGAAAACAGCACACAACCCAUCACCCAAACUAAUAACCCAGCGAGCAGCUAGGGGACAGCUUUCCUUUCUCCACACUAAUAGCAACAAGCUUCCUUCAGUCAGCAGCACUCUUCAGCGGGUGAUGUCUUAUGCUGUAAAGUGCUCUGUACUGUUUCCAGUUUGGGACAAAUAUGUAAAAUAUGAUGGCUUUUGAUAACAUAAGUGUUAAUUUAUUUAAAAACUCAGAUUAGAUUUCAUAGAUUUCUUGAGUAUAAAUACCAGCUGACACAACAGGACCCUCCGUUCCAAGGGCUCAGCAUUCCCCCUUGUGUAAAACCUGAUCUUCUGACUGAUGUCAUCACUUUCACUAAUGGAAACAUCAGUGCAGUAACAGCCAGCAAAGAUUACUUCUGCAUCUUAAGGGAAAAUGAUUGCAUGUGUGACACGGAGGGGCUGAGGAGUGUUGGUAUGUAGCUGAGCGAGUCGGGUGCUUGGGGCUGGAGAGGGAGAGCGCUUCUAGGAAUAAAUAAAACACAAGGCUUUGAAAAGCAGAUCCUUACAAUGAACACAGACCAGAAACGGGGGUGAGCCUCACCUGAGUUCCUGUCAGUCUGAACGACUGGUAAAACGUCUCCAGGUUUCUCUGCAGAAAUACUGUCUCAGAUGCUUUCCAAACGGUUACUGCAUGUUGAACCGAUGUCAUAGGGCUGCUUUGUACCAGAACUGUGCUGCUGUGGGUUCUGUAGCAUUGGGCACAGCCCGUGGGAGCAGUGAGUGAAUGUGUUUGACAGCGUGUUUUAUGAAUGGGGUCUGUGGUACUGUCAACUUUUUCGAGUGUGUUCCAGUAGAUUUGAGUAAAGUGUGCAAAUACUCCAUGCAGCUUUGCUUUUCUAAAACCCUUCUCAAAUAAGAACGUGGUAAGAGAGUUUACAUCACACACAGCACAGCAUGGGGUGGAAAUGGGCGUCUUUGGGCCCAGCAGCAGGACAGAGGUCCGGAGGGAGGCAGGGUAGGAGCCCAUGAUUCACUGUAUUAUUUAAACAGAUGUAUCUGUUAAAGCAGUGAGACCUUUUCCAGGCCACGUAAAGAAGAAUAUUUAAAAUAUUUAAUAACUUUUGUAUGGUUUGAAGAAGAAUUCUCCUCCACUCCUCUGUAAAUGGAACUGUUAAGAAUGAACGCUUGCAAGUUUACUGUAAAGCCAGGAUGUUCUGCGUUGCACCCGGUGUGUGUCCUUCACUCCAUGGUUUGUAAUGCUGCCCACAGAACGUGACUUUGGGGUUUCCUUGGCUACACACGUGUCCUCCAUAGGAGUCUGCUUUGCAUCAUGGGUGCUUUACUGCCGUGGGUCUCUGCUCCUGUGUGGCACAGCGGGGACUUGUAUGGCUGCCCUGAGUGCGGAGGAGGCUGAGUGUUGGUUACAGCAACACGGGGAGAGCACAGCUGCCUACUGCAGCGCUCACCUCUGCUUUCAGGAGCGUUGUGGGGGGUUGGUUGUUGGCUUUGGUCUGCUUGGGGUUUUUUUCUUUGCUCUUCUGCUUUUCUCCAUGUGAUUGUACUGAUGUUGCUGCCCUGCUUUGUUCUGAUCCCAGGUGGGGAAUGGGGAAGCAGCGCUGGGUGCCAGGGAGGUGGGUGCCUGGGAAGCUGCAUGUCCAGCUGGGGAGCGUGCACACGCGUGUGUGUGUGUGUGUAUACACAUGUCUUACCCCAGCACCUACUGUGCUGUGCUGGGGGGUGCUCUGUGCUGAGCUGUGCAGUGCUGUGUUUGAGGCUGGGUUGUCGUUUUUAUAACUGUCCUGGUGUUUUAUUGCUGUUAUUUAUUACUUUUGAUAUCCAGAAUGAGCCGCAUGCAUUUAUAGAGCAAUAAGAGGAUGUAUUUAAUGUGCCUUGUUUCUGACUGGGGAGGAACUGAACGCAUGAAUCAAUAAAAGCGAUGAAAGGCA